CAAAAUUUCGCUUGCUACCGUUUACCACGAAAUAAAAAAUAUACUCCACCAUAAAUGUAAAAUAACGAGUCGUAGUACUGGUAGUGAUUAAUUAAUGGAGUAGACGAUGUCAGGUCCACUUAUUACUUAUUAGUGUGGAGAAGAGAAGAAGAAGAAGAAGAUAAGGUCCGUUCAUCAGUGUCUUGGUCACUUUAUUUUCAUGCAGCAAGUUUUGGGGAGAUUAUUGCACAUAAUUUGCUGAAGUUCCCUAUCUUUUCGGCAAGCAUCAGUCCUUGCAAAGAUCCCGUUUCUUGUUUUACAUAUGGCGACAUAUGAAGAUUUGCCGCCCAGCAUGAUAAAGAGACUUGCGAAGGAAUUGAAGAAUCUUGAUAAAUCCCUGCCCAAGGGCAUUUCUGUAGGGAUAAAUGAUGAUGAUUUUUCAGUCUCAGAAGCUGAUAUUGAAGUUCCAGCAGUAACUGCAAAUGAAAAUAAUGUUUCUCGCAUGAAGCAGCUAUUGUCUCGCGACUUUCGACGCCCUCCUUUAAAAGGUAGAUCCCCAGACCAAGAAUCGAUAGGGUCUGAAACAAAAAGAUCUAGUGUAUCAUCUGGCAGCAGGUCUCAUAACCGCAAGGAGUUUCUUUCUAGGUUCGUGGACAGUCAAACUCUGACAGCCAGGCUUGAAGACUGGUUUGAAUUGAUAUCAGAAAAUUCUGGACAAAAAAAGUCUGCAUUUGAUGUUCCUUUUGAGUUGAUAGAACUUCAAAAGUUUGAUUAUGCAUUGGAAGGGGUUUCAUUUCAGCAGCUGGUUCGAAUGCCCAGUGCUGUUUAUGCUUCAACAUCUGAUGCUGUGGAAGCAACUGCUUAUCUUGCUAUUGAAGACUUUCUACAUGCAAGUGUGAAGGGCUUGUGGGAGGCAUUUUGGAGUCAGGAUGAUCCUAUGCCUUUCUCAGUUGCUUGUCUAUACAAUGAAAACUUGAAAUUCUACCAGGCUGAGAAAGCAAUAGGUAAUGGAAAACUUGGUGGUCUUUGUGCCACUGGUGUAUUACUUAACAACCCUAGACAUCCACAUGGAAAGUGGGACCAUAUUCUUGAAUUGGCCCUUCUAAGGCCUGAUAUUGGAAGUGUUGCUGCGGGAAGUGACCGGCAACUCUCUUUAUCUGUUCUGGGCGAGGCUCUCUUCUAUGCUAUACGCAUGCUACUAUCAAGAAGCUUGAGCAGAUUGAAUUUUUCUGAGAGUCCAAAUUGUGCCUAUGUUCUUCUUGUUGAUUCUCAACAUGGCGGGGUUGUAAAAGUUGAAGGAGAUGUAGAUAAAUUGGAGUUUGAUGUGAAUAAUGUUUACAACUGUUCCGUGGACUGGAUAAAAAAACACUGUAAAGUCACAGUCUCUCCUGUUGAUAGGAUCUGGAACAAACUUGGAAAUGCCAACUGGGGAGACAUUGGUGCUCUACAGGUACUUUUUGCUACUUUCCAUUGUAUCGUGCAGUAUUCAGGGAUGCCUAAGCACUCGAUUGAAGAUUUAGCAGCUGAUCAUGGUCCUCGCCUCCUAACAAGAAGAGUGGCAAGGCAGUUAGGGGAUUCCAGAGUUAAUGGCCAUGGACUAUUCCGGUUUCAGCAACGGAGUGUUUCUCCUGAAAUUGUUGAAGUUCCGGAUGAAUCUAUCAAAAUAAAGUCUGAAGAGUUGAUAAUGAAGCUGGAUGUAGGAUCUGUACUAUGGUUGGAAGACUCUGAAUGUCAAAAAGGUUAUCAGAUCAAUGAUGUCCUGCACAAUAAUGAACUACGGUAUUACAUAGCAUCGCCUGUUAAUGAUCCUGGUAAAUCUUUGUAUCUUUAUGUCGGUUCCCAUCCUUCUCAACUGGAACCAGCAUGGGAAGAUAUGAAUUUGUGGUAUCAAGUCCAAAGACAAACUAAAAUAUUGGCUAUUAUGAGGCAGAAAGGUCUGUCUAGUAAAUAUCUACCACAAUUGAGUGCUUCUGGCAGGAUUGUUCAUCCUGGCCAGUGUCGAAAACCCAGCUCAGGUGGGAACUGUGAUCACCCAUGGUGUGGUACCCCAAUUCUCGUUACCAGUCCAGUUGGUGAGACAGUUGUUGAUAUGGUAAAUGCUGGCAGAUUUGGUUUGGAUGAGGCUAUCAGGUGUUGUCAUGAUUGCGUAUCUGCACUUUCUAUGGCUUCUUCCGCUGACAUUCGGCACGGAGACAUUCGGCCGGAGAACAUAAUUUGUGUCGUGUCUGGUGGGAGGCAUCCUUAUUUUGUCCUUGUUGGUUGGGGUCAUGCGAUUCUUGAAGACAGGGAUCGCCCUGCAAUGAAUCUCCAUUUUUCAUCUACUUAUGCACUGCAGGAGGGAAAAUUGUGCUCAGCUUCGGAUGCAGAGAGCCUGGUAUACGUGCUCUACUUUGCCUGCGGUGGAGCUUUGCCUGAUUUAGAUUCGGUUGAGGGGGCACUGCAAUGGAGAGAGAACUCAUGGUCAAGGAGAUUGAUUCAGAAGAAGCUUGGUGAGUUAUCAACUGUGUUGAAAGCUUUUGCUGAUUAUGUAGACAGUCUUUGUGGGACACCAUAUCCUAUAGAUUAUGACAUAUGGCUAAGAAGAUUAAGGAGAAAUAUUCACGAUGGUGACCAUGGAAAGCAAGUUGACACAUCUGGCUAGGACUUUUUCACUGGUGUAAGCGGCAUAAAUGAAUCCAUAAAUCAUAUCGAUCAUUUUCACUGCCUGGGAGCAAAUGAUAGAAUAUGGAGUUUAAGCACUUGGGGUCGAUUGUUAAGCUUUGGACGAUCUGGAGGUUUUUUUAGUCUUAAAGGGAGAAAAGGAAGUUCAAAAUUCCGAGAAUGGUUUGAUUGUGCUCCCACAUGGCUUCUCAAUUUUGAAGAUUCUUCUGGCCGUUCCUUCUCUUCUGUAAAUAAUUGGGACUGCAUGAGUGUCUCUGUUCAGACCGCCACACAAUACAACACUACCUUUUUAUUUUGCUGGCGUGAAGUCCCAUUACACUGUAGAGGUUUAAAAUACGGUCGCUUUCUGCUUUGGUGGUGAGUUUCUUAGUAAUACGUGUAGCACUUGUUGAUGGUACGAGUACUGUGAAAGUUCUGUAAUUGGUCGAAUCCAGGUCAUCAUUCCUUGUAAUUGGUUGCAUGACCGUGUACCCAUUUGUCUUCUUUUUCUCCAUGAUUUUCGUCUAUUCUGAAGGAGCGAGCUGAAUGUCAGAUUGUAAUUUUUUUUA